UAAUUGUCAUAUCAUAUAAUCAUAAGCUUAUCAUCUUCUGAAUAAAUAAACCAUUCCCGCCCUUCCUAAUUUUAGUUUUUUCAAUUUUAGAAAGAUAGAAAAUAAACAACACAGCCAUUGGCGCGAAAUGCAAUUAGAACUUCACUGAAAAGGCGCCAAGGCGGGGUUUCUGCUUUCCUUUUGUCAGUGGUCACCGACUCACAGCUAGCAGCUCACUCAGCGGGACGAUUCCUGAAGUACAAGCGGUUGGCCGUCGAAAUUCCUCCGUCGGCGGCCAGUUCUCUUUCUUUUCUUUCCGGUAAGGCUUACGAUUCCACCAAUUUCCUCCUUGUGCUUCGUAUGUUUGCCCUUGCCGCCAUCCUCACCAACUGGUUCUGCAUCCGUUAGGUGCUGCUCGGCUGCGAAUUCUAUCAUCGAGAGCUCUGUAGCUCGCGCUCUUUUCUCAGGUUAGUUUCUGUGCGCAAUCGACUUAUCAAGCGAAAUCUCCCUUCUUACAUGGUAGUUUUCGACCUGAAUUUCCUUCGUCUCUGAACAACAUUUCGGAAAAGCAAAAAAAGUAGACUCUGUGAUUAUUGAAUGUUGGAGAUAGAUUUCUCUCUGGAGUGUUCUUGAUUGGCUGCAUCUCUAGAAAUCACGAUCCUUCGGCUUUUCAAGUAUAACUGAUUUCACUGGGAUGGAUAGCUGCUCGUAAUUUCAAUUCGUAAGAGGCCAAUUAGGAACUCUUUCUGAAAAAAACUGUGUGGCUUGUGUUUUAGGUGCUUUCAAUUGCCUAACUUACCCUAUAAUCCCUGAAAUAAGCUAAGAAAGGAGAUGAAGUUCAAGGCGUUUCUUACAGAGAAUGGGGUCAUGCUGCUGGAGAGAAGGUUUCUGCCAGCUCUUGACAAACUAGGGAAGACAUGCCAUCUUCUGCUGACCAAAGAGCGUGUCAUCUUCCUUCACAACCUUCUCAAUGGUGAUGGCAUUCAGUGCAUUGCUCAGUUUCAAAAAGAGGUACUAUUCGAUGACUACCGAAUCUCCAGCCAGAACGAAGACUGCAUCGCCUUUGCCGUGGACCUGUCCCUCCUUCAGCGAGCAGUUCGAAGCAGUGUCAGCAUUUGCAGCGAGUUCGGUGCAGGUGGGUCACCCUCGAACCGCCUCCAGAUCAAACUGGUGAAGAAGCUCCCACCCAAAUGUACUCAGCCAAUGCCAUAUCUCACGUUUGAGACCAAGGGCUACAAGGCUGCAGUUAUCCAGGAUGUCCCCAUUUCAAAACCCUUGCCGAGAGCGCAAGUGCUAGAGCUUCGAGCUGCUCUCGAGCUGGCACAAGAACUUCCCCCGACAUUGGUCCAGGUUCCCGAUUUGAACCAGAUCCAGAACUAUGUGGACCGAAUGAGACAUUUGGGGGAGAUGCUGAAUGUCUCAAUAAGCAAGUAUGGGGAUCUUCAUCUUCAAAUUUCAACUGCUUUGGUUUCACUUGGGGCUGAGUUCAGGAAGUUGUUGGUUAUUGGGGAGAAAGCACAAGCUCCACCUGAGGAUGAGAAUCUCAGUGCUGAAACUCGACAUCAGAGGGCGAUUAUGAGGCAAGAUGGGCAGUCUGUGCAUGUGAGUGUGAAGCAUUUCGCAAAGAGCCUUCAGUGCAACCUGACUAAGCCAGAUUGUGCUUUCUAUGGGAUUGCACCUGAGGGAGCUUCCUUGACUGUGAUAUUCCAGUUCUUCGUUCCUGGCACGCAUCAAACGGAUAAAUCGAUUGGCUUGCAUUGCAGACUUCCUGUGCUUGAUCCUGGAACGAACUGAAAGGUUAGCUUUGGCUAUUCGAUUGUGUGAUGGCUGCCUUGAUAUUGGUAUCUGUAAGUUUUGAUGGUUUGUAUCAGUAUCACUUUUAACAAGUCGGCAGUUGUGUGUUUGUCUCUACCUUCUAUGAACAUUUUCUUUGAACAAUGUUGAAGAUUUGAAGUAACUGAGGAGCUCGCCUUAUGUAUCAUUCCCCUCUUCUUUUUCUUCUACGUGGCCUGCAUUGCUUGCGAAACUGUGCUUGAGAUCAAAUUGAACGGUUCCAAGUAUAAUGCUAACGUUUGCGAACCAUGAUAAAAAAUUUGUCAUGAU